AUGCAAGUUUAUGUGGCUGUGAUAUUCGCUUAUGGAGUGUCGGCACUCAAUGUCACGGAGGAGAAGGCAACAUGCCCCCUUGGAUAUUUCCCCUGUGGCAACUUGACCGUGUGCCUCCCUCAGCUCCUGCACUGCAACGGCAUUGAUGACUGUGGAAAUCAAGCGGACGAGGAGAACUGUGGAGACAAUAAUGGAUGGCCCCAUCUUUUUGACAAAUAUUUUGGCAUGCCAAGCCAUAACACCAGGACCAAGUCCAAUGUGUGCUUGCUGGGUGUCGUUCCUGAGCUCUGCCAGUGCCGAGACCUGGAGCUGGACUGUGACAGCACACAGCUUCAAGAUAUCCCAGUGGUGGCGAUGAAUGUCACCAUGAUGUCUCUACAAAGGAAUCGGCUUCAGAAACUGAGAGCAAACACGUUCUUUAAGUACCAGAGCCUACAGAAACUAUACCUUCAGCACAACAGAAUUCGAGAUGUGAGUCCUGACGCAUUCAGAGGACUGUAUAACCUAACAAGACUAUACCUGAGCUACAACAAGAUAUCUGUCCUGAUGCCGGGGGUGUUCCAGGACUUACACAAGCUGGAGUGGCUGAUCCUAGAAAAUAACAAUAUCCAUCAAAUAUCCUCCAUGACCUUUUCAGGACUGAACUCCCUUGUUUUACUAGUUUUGCUGAACAACUCUUUGACAAAGCUGGAUGACAUCUGUCAGGAAAUGCCAAGAUUGAACUGGCUGGAUUUAGAGGGAAAUCACAUAGAAGCGAUUGGAAAUGUCUCAUUCUGCUCAUGCAGUAUGCUGACAGUUCUGGUUUUACAGCGAAACAGGAUCAGCCAUAUACAUGAACAGUCUUUCUCAGUCCUCCAGAAACUUGGAGAAUUGGAUCUAUCCAACAACAGACUGGUGGCGAUUCCUCCCAAUCUCUUUGUUUUACUGGGGGAUUUGCUACAACUGAAUAUAUCAUACAAUCCCAUCGAGGAGCUCCAAGUCGACCACUUUGACAAGUUGCAUAAACUGAAGUCGUUGAGCAUAGAGGGGAUAGAAAUCGGAAACAUACAACGGCGGAUGUUUGAACCUCUGAAAUACCUUACUCACAUCUACUUCAAGAAGUUCCAGUACUGCGGCUAUGCUCCACAUGUGCGCAGCUGCAAGCCGAACACUGACGGCAUCUCAUCCUUUGAGGAUCUGCUGGCCAACAUCGUGCUGAGGGUCUUUGUCUGGGUGGUGUCUGCCACCACCUGCUUCGGCAACAUCUUCGUCAUCUGCAUGCGCUCGUACAUCCGCUCGGAGAACAAACUACAUGCUAUGUGCAUCAUUUCCCUCUGCUGUGCAGAUGGGCUGAUGGGCAUCUACCUCUUCAUGAUUGGUGCGUAUGACCUGAAGUUUCGCGGCGAGUACAACCGGCACGCUCAGGCCUGGAUGGACAGCAGUCAGUGUCAGGUCAUCGGCUCUUUGGCCAUGCUGUCCACUGAGGUAUCUGUCCUGCUCCUCACCUAUCUCACUCUGGAGAAAUACAUCUGCAUCGUCUACCCUUUCCAGUACUUGACACCUGGCUGGCGACGAACUGUCACCAUCCUUCUUGGGAUUUGGGUGUUUGGCUUUAUUAUUGCCUUCCUGCCGCUGGCCUGCAAGGGGCUAUUUCGCAACUUCUACGGGACCAAUGGUGUUUGCUUCCCGCUGCACUCGGAGCAGCCAGAGACACUAUGGGCUCAUGUUUACUCCAUCGUUAUUUUCCUGGGUCUGAACCUGGUGGCAUUCCUCAUCAUUGUCCUAUCCUAUGCAAGCAUGUUCUAUAACAUCCAGAGAACGGGCACUCAGACCACAAAAUACAGCAACCAUAUCAAGAAAGAGGUGACCAUCGCCAAAAGGUUCUUCUCUAUCGUCAUCACUGACUCCCUCUGCUGGAUCCCCAUUUUCAUCCUCAAGAGCCUGUCACUGCUGCAGGUGGAGAUUCCCGGUACCAUCAGCUCCUGGGUGGUCAUAUUCAUUCUCCCCAUCAACAGCGCUCUUAACCCCAUCCUAUACACGCUGACCACACGGCCUUUCAAAGAGACCAUUCUGCAGGUGUGGGCUAACUACAGGCAGAGGAGGCCCCUGCUCAGCGGUCACCCAGCUCAUCAUCCGUCGCUCACCUGGCAGGAAAUGUGGCCCCUGCAGGAGAACAGUCACGGCCUCACCCCGGGGCACCCUCUGGAAAUGACAAGCACGCUAGCCAAGCUCACCCCUGUGGAAAAUACCAACGAGGGUUACAGUGACAUUACUGUUUGCACACAGCUACAACAGAAGCAAUGUACAGCACUGUCUGUGCUCUCACAGAAACAAACAGGUGGUUCGUGGUUCCAGCAGCAGCAAACUCUGCUUGUGGGAGAGAGGUAG